AUGCCUGUGGGUCUCCAGGUCCUUAGUCAGGUCCUUUGGCUGGGCGCAUUCAAGAGCGACGAGUCUGUUGGGGACACGGGCCAUGUGAAGCAGCUGCCCGCCUACGGCGUGCCUCCAUAUAUCUCGGCGAAUCUCGACGGGCAGUGUCGAAAGCAGCCGAGACUGCGAUUGGUCGGCUGUGCGCUGACGGCCCGAAAAUGA